GCAACCCGAAACAGCGGUCUCUCUCUCCCACCAUCUCUGUUCACCUUCUAAAACCCUCCCUAAACCCACUUUCUCUCUCCUCUCUCUUUCUCUCUCUCAAUUCCUGAGAUGGGCUGUGGGCUCUGCUCUUUUGGUCUGUUGUCAGUUUCAGGGUUUGCUUUGUUUAAAGGUGUUCACUUCAUUCUUCUUCAGCUAUUGCUAGCAAUUGAACUGUUUCAAGUUUGAAGAUUUGUUUCUGGUAAUACUUUCUUCCGUGGGCGAAGGGCUUUUUCAUGAACACAUCGCAUCUUUCUAGUGCCCUUUUCUCCUACCAUCCAAAUCCCCAUUCUUUUUCCAUAUCUGCCGUAAUCUUUAUCUUUUCCAUUCAAUUCUCCUUCCAAAUCCAGCGAUUACCUGAAUCUUCGCAACUGUGAGAAUGAAUCGAAGCAAUUCUUGCCCAAUCAAGUUUUCCGAACACCGAAAUCUUACAAAAAAACUGGUGAAACUUCCUAAUAAUGCAUCGAGCAAGAAUUUGGAAGCAGAACCCAUGUCCAGAACCAUUCGGAUUAUCGUCACCGACUGUGACGCCACGGACUCUUCAAGCGGAGAUGAAUCAGAAGACGAUGCGCUUAAUGCUCCGCAGAGAGUGAAGAAGUAUGUCAACGAGAUCAGAAUCGAGUCACUCAAUCAAAGGGCGAAUUUUAAUCCCAAACCGAGUCGUCAGAAACCUUCGAAGAAUCUGCUCAAUCGCCGCCCGGAGAAGCAGCGGUUAACCACGGCGAUGAAGUAUCGCGGCGUCCGACAGCGGCCGUGGGGAAAAUGGGCGGCGGAGAUCCGAGAUCCUAUCCGAAGAUCGCGGGUCUGGCUGGGGACCUUCGACACGCCGGAAGAGGCUGCUAUGGUAUACGAUACGGCUGCGUUGCGCCUCAGGGGACCUGACGCCCCGACGAAUUUCAGGUCGCCUGCGUUAAGAGCUCCGUCGACGUUGGUCGACUUUUCGACGACUCCGGUUCGCGAUUGUUGUACGGAUUCUCGAACUAUGCAUUCUCCGACCUCUGUUCUUAGAUUUCAGAGCACUGAAGAGGUACUGAGAAUAGAGUCUAAGGCAGAGGCGGAAUGCCGGCCGAUUCAGGAGGCCGAAACGAGUUUACCGGACGAUUGUUUACUAUUGGAGCCUAGUGUGUUGAAUGAUUUUUUUCGUUUUGAUGCACCGGCGCCGAUACAAUUCGACGAAAUUGCUACGCCCGUUGAUGCUUUCUGGGAAGACUUGGGAGAUGUUUCGGGUGAUGGAGAGGAGGAUUUACAAUUCGACGAAAUUGCUAUGGCCGUUGACGCUUUCAGGGAAUACUUGGGGGAUGUUUCAGGCGACGGAGAGGAGGAUUUCGGGUCUUGUUUAUGGGACACGGAUGAAUUAAUUCAAGAGCCUGUAACUCACUGAUACUGCUACGUGCCUAUCAGCCACUUCAUUUUUUAGGGCAGCAGUAGUUAAUGAGGCAACCCACGUACCAAUUCCAACAUAAGAGCAAAGAUCUGCAACCACUCCCUCAAUUAAUG